CCUUCUCCUCUUCAUCUUUUUCAUUAUUCUUCCUUUGGUGAAGUCCUGAUCAAAAUGGCUGUCUCCUCAUUUUCUAACUUGUUCUUUGUCGCAUUUUCCAUGUCAAUCUUUGCCUGUUCAGUUUUCGCUCGUGAUUUCUCAAUCGUCGGUUAUUCGUCUGAUGAUUUGACAUGCAUUGAUAAACUCAUUAAUCUCUUUGAAGAGUGGAGAUUAAAACAUGGCAAGAGUUACGAGAGUAUUGAAGAGAAGUUGCACAGGUUUGAGAUCUUCAAGGAUAAUUUGAAGCAUAUUGAUGAAACGAAUAGGAAGAUUAGUAGCUACUGGCUUGGGUUGAAUGAGUUUGCGGAUUUAAGCCAUGAAGAAUUCAAAAAGAUGUAUUUGGGACUCAAGGUUGAGUUGCCUAAGAGGAGGGAGUCCCCUGAAGAAUUCACUUACAAGGACGUCGUGGAUUUGCCCAAAUCUGUAGAUUGGAGAAAGAAAGGAGCUGUCACUUCUGUCAAAAACCAAGGUUCCUGCGGUAGCUGUUGGGCAUUUUCAACAGUAGCAGCAGUUGAGGGCGUCAAUCAAAUUGUCACUGGAAAUUUAACCUCCCUUUCUGAGCAAGAACUGAUUGACUGCGACACCACCUAUAACCAUGGCUGCAAUGGAGGUCUCAUGGAUUACGCAUUUUCCUUCAUUAUAUCGAACGGUGGCCUUCACAAGGAGGAUGACUACCCUUACCUCAUGGAGGAAGGCACUUGUGAUGAGAGGAAGGACGUUUCAGAGGUAGUAACCAUUAGUGGCUACCAUGAUGUACCCGAAAACAACGAAGAAAGCUUUCUGAAGGCACUUGCAAACCAGCCUCUGAGUGUGGCCAUCGAGGCUUCUGGCAGAGAUUUCCAAUUUUACAGCGGGGGUGUAUUCGAUGGGCAUUGUGGAACUGAGCUGGAUCAUGGGGUGGCUGCUGUUGGAUAUGGAUCAACGAAGGGUUCGGACUACGUCAUCGUGAAGAACUCUUGGGGAGCUAAAUGGGGAGAGAAAGGGUAUAUAAGGAUGAAGAGAAACACAGUGAAGCCUCAAGGUCUUUGUGGAAUCAACAAGCUAGCUUCUUAUCCUACCAAAAAGAAGUGAUCUUUUUCAAUUUGAUUGUCACAUUUUCUACUAUUGGAAUUGUUAGUUGUAAGAAAACCCUAUCAUUUAAGAAUAAAAGCUAAUUUGUUUCUUUUUUCCUCUACCGAAUUCUGAUCUGAAU